AAAAUUAUGCAAGAAGAAAAAUUGAAUGGGAUUUAAGUGUCGUCAUAAACUGCGGAUAAAUUGAAAAAGCAAGCUAUAGAAUACAAGAAACUUUAAGAAACAUUUUCAAAGAGAUUUUCAUAAGAUUCCAAUACUUAAUUUUACAUUUUAAGUUAAAAGUAAUUUAAAUGGAAAUUUUAAGAUGGCUGAAUUCAUGGAAGAAGUAUGUUUCCUAUGAUGAGAUUUUGGCAAAUAAAACACCAACUAAAUACUUUGGAAGAAUUAUGCUUGAAAAAAUUAACGAUGAUUUAGAGGAUUAAGUACAGAAAUGUUUUAAGUAUUAUCCAGUCAGCACACAUCCUUGGAAUACAUUUAUCAAAUAAGAUUUAUAAGAAAAUAUUGAUUAUAUCAUAGUAGAUAAAGAUAUUUGGGAUUUCUUUAUGAAAGAAAAUUCAGGAACAGCAAUAUUAAGAACUUCAAACGGAAAUGGAAAAGACAAACAAGUGACUGUAAAUUUACUUAGAGUAUAUAAAAUUAUGAUUUUAGUUUAAAAGUGUAUUACUUUAUCCUUCGAUAAUCAAAUCAAUAUCUCUUGAUUCAAUGUACAAAUCAACAUUUGAAAAAGAAGUAAUGCAAGUUGAUAGAAACAUGAAAUUAAAAGAUUAUUAUGCAUUAAUAUCAAGAACAGUUCACACUUUUACAGGAAAUUUUGCAAAAGAUAACAAUGUUAGAAUUUGGAGAUAUGUAACAGAAUAAAAAGAUCCAUUUAAAACUUUAUUUAAUGAAAUUUAGAAAUAAGUAAGUGAAUUAGAAACCUCAGAUCAUAUGUGUUUUGAUUUUACAGGAGAGUUACUAACACAUUAAUAAUAUGAAAAUAUUGAAGAUAUUGGUGUUAGUGAAAAUAAUAUAAUUAUAUUUGAAGUAAUUAUACUAUUUAUUCAAUCAGUUUAAAGAUGAGUAUAAACCAUGGUGUAUUAGAAAUAAAGCAGUUUAAAUAGAAGGGAAAUGUGAAAAUUGUUAAUUUUUUAAAGUUUUAUCAUUCCCUUGUAUUUGUAAGAAAGUAUCUUAUUGUACAGAAGAAUGCAAAUAAAAAGAUUUCAAUUUUCAUAAUGCAAGAUGUGAAAAGAUUGGUUCAGAUGAUGAAAGUGUUAAAUAACUUACUUUGACAUCUAAAUCAGUAAAAGGAAUUGUAGGUUUAAGUAAUUUAGGAAAUACAUGUUUUAUGAAUAGUGGAACUUAAUGCAUUGCUAAUUCAUUUCCUUUAGUUGAAUAUUUUUUGAAGAAUUAAUAUUUUGAAGAGAUUAAUAUGAAUAAUCCUUUAGGAACAAAAGGAGAAUUAGUAAAAAAAGUAGGAUCACUUAUUAAAAAAAUGUGGUGUGGAGAUAGAUAAACAAUAACUCCAACAAAUUAUAAAAAGGCUGUAGGAUAAUUUUAACCAAUGUUCAAAGGGUAUCAUCAACAUGAUUCAUCUGAAUUAAUUACAUUUGUAUUAGAUGGAAUUCAUGAAGAUUUAAAUAGAGUUAAAAAUAAACCAUACGUUGAAACUAAAGAUUAUGAUGGUCGCUCUGAUUUUGUUGUUGCUAAAGAAAGCUGGUAAAAUCAUUUGGCUAGAAAUUAAUCUAUUAUUGUUGAUUUAAUGCAUGGAUAAUACAAAUCAACUUUAAAAUGUCCUAAUUGUUAAUAAUUCUCUAUUACUUUUGAUCCUUAUUUAAUGGUUUAAGUGGGUAUUCCAAGUUAAAAGAAAAGAACUAUUUCAUUUAAAUUUUAUAAAGAUUUAUUUUAAAACACUUAAAUGACAAUACCAUUUGAUAAAAAUUAAAAUAUUUCUUUAAAAGAAUAUUAUAAAGUUAUUGCUGAAGAACUUAAUGAAAAUCCACAAUAUUUAUUUGCUUAUAUUGCUAAUAUGUAUACAUCCUUUGAGUUUUUGGAUGAAAAUAAAUCUAUUGUAGAAAUAAGAAAAAGUUCAAAAAGAUCUUAACUUUGUUUUAGAAAAUUAUCUUAAGAAGAAUUUUAAAUGAAUAAAAAAUUCUAAAUUUAAUUUUCUAACAAAUAUUUAGAAUAAUAAUACAAAAAAUCAUAUUAUUAAACAGGUGUCUUUGUUGUAGAUGGAUCAAUGACAUUAAAAUAAGUCCAUUUAUAAAUAUUUAGUAAUUUUAGAUAGUUUUUAUGUGAUCAGAAUAAAUUAGAUUACGAAAAAUAAAUCUUAAAUUAAGUAUUUAAUAAUUUAAUAUUUUAGUAUUAUAAUUUAUAUUAUAAAUCAAAUUAAAAUUACUGGACUCCAUGUGCUUUUUGUAAUUCUAAAAUAUGUAAUGAUUGUGAAGUAAAGUUUGAUGAAGAAACAGUUGAAUAAGUCAAGAAUAGAGCAUUAAAAAUUGAUAAUUAAUGCAAUUUUGAAAUUAUUGUUGUUUGGAAACAAAGUCCAUUUAAAUAGGUUAAAUUACCAGAUAUAUUCGAUCAUUACUUCAAAUAAAACAAUAUAGAAAGUAAAAUUCAAUUAUUAUAUUUAAGUUGAGGAUAAUUCAAAAAAAACUAAUAUGUCAAGUCCAAUGAAUUAUAAUAUCCAAAAAGAAAGUGUUUCUUUUUAUGAUUGUUUGCAAUAUUCUCAAAUGCCUGAAUAACUUAAUGCAGAAAAUACUUGGUUUUGUAAAGUAUGCAAAGAACAUGUUUAAGCAUUUAAAAGUAUGCAAAUCUAUAAAGUAUUAUAUUUUUAAUUAAUUUUAAGGCUCCUUAACUAUUAAUUUUUACAUUGAAGAGAUUUAAGGCUUCUAAUAGAUUAUUUAAAUAAAAACUUGAAACUUUGGUUGACUUUCCUAUUAAUGAUCUUGAUUUAACAGAAUUCAUUAUUAAUUCAAAGACUCCUUCUGAAUAUAAAAAUGAAAAUGAAAAUAAUAAUGGAGAAAAUAAUAAACAAAAAUUAAUCUAUGACUUAUAUGCUGUUUCUAAUCAUUAUGGAGGAUUAGGAGGUGGACAUUACACAGCAUUAGCAAAAAAUAAGGUAAAAAUUAUUAGAAAAUAAAUUAGUUUACCAAUAAAUGGUAUAAUUUUGAUGAUUCAAUGGUUAGUGAAAUAAAUGAAUCAUCUAUUGUUUCAAAAUCAGCUUAUGUGUUAUGUUAUUAAUUGAGAACAGGUGUUGAUUUAACAGAAAAAAAAAAGUAAAUCAUUCAAGAAUGAGGAGUAGAAUUAACAAG